GGGCGGGGGCGCAGGAGGUGGGGCCGCAGUUGCCGUCAGGGCCCCAGGGAGCGCGGGGCGCCGCUGCCGCUGCUCCUCGGCACGGUUGUGUCUACUGGGCAGCGCCGGGCAGGCAGCUGGGCGGCGGAGGAGCAGGAGCCGGGAGCCGCGCUCCGCCGAGAGUUGGGCAGAGGAGCGCCCGCACCCCGCUCGGCAUCAUGGGCCCACUCCCCGGGCCUCAGCGGGCACCAGCCGCGGGAACCCCCGGGCCUCCUCGCGCCAGAGCUUGAGCGACCCCCGGGUUCUCCGGCGCCCCCUCCCUCGCCCUAUUUUUUUUUUUUUCCCCUGCUCUCGCUGCCGCUACCGCUUCGGCUCUCCGUUAUGGCAACAGAACCACCAUCCCCCAUCCGGCUCGAGGCUCCGGGUCCCCCAGAAAUGCGGACCCCACUGGCGAUCGAGGCCACCCCUGAGGGCGCCCCGCAGCCGGCGGGCGGCAGACUCCGCUUCCUCAACGGCUGCGUGCCCCUCUCGCAUCAGGUGGCCGGGCACAUGUACGGGAAGGACAAAGUGGGUAUACUGCAACAUCCAGAUGGCACAGUUUUGAAACAGUUACAACCACCUCCAAGGGGCCCAAGAGAGCUGGAAUUCUAUAAUAUGGUUUAUGCUGCUGACUGUACUGAUGGUGUUCUUCUAGAGCUACGAAAAUAUUUACCAAAAUAUUAUGGCAUCUGGUCACCUCCCACUGCACCAAAUGAUUUAUACCUAAAACUGGAAGAUGUGACCCAUAAAUUUAAUAAGCCCUGUAUAAUGGAUGUAAAGAUAGGGCAAAAAAGCUAUGAUCCUUUUGCCUCAUCUGAGAAGAUUCAGCAACAGGUGUAUCAUAUUCAUUCUGAUAGCUAUGAGACACAAAACCAGCAUUAUGGAAGAAGCUUAACAAAAGAAACUAUAAAGGAUGGAGUCUCUAGAUUUUUUCAUAAUGGGUACUGCUUAAGAAAAGAUGCUGUUGCUGCCAGUAUUCAGAAGAUUGAGAAAAUUCUGCAGUGGUUUGAAAACCAGAAGCAGCUUAACUUUUACGCAAGUUCAUUACUGUUUGUUUAUGAAGGUUCAUCUCAGCCAACCACUACAAAACUGAAUGACAGAACUUUGGCAGAAAAGUUUUUGUCCAAGGGACCACUGUCAGACACAGAAGUACUAGAGUACAAUAAUAACUUUCAUGUGUUAAGUUCUACAGUGAAUGGAAGAAUAGAGUCUUCAGUAGGCAAAAGCUUGUCCAAGAUGUAUGCUCGUCACAGGAAAAUGUAUAUUAAAAAGCAUCACAGUCAGACUUCAUUGAAAGUUGAAAAUCUGGACCAAGACAAUGGAUGGAAAAGCAUGUCACAGGAACACUUAAAUGGAAAUGUACUUUCCCAACUGGAAAAAGUUUUCUACCAUCUUCCCACUGGUUGUCAAGAGAUUGCUGAAGUAGAAGUGCGAAUGAUAGAUUUUGCUCAUGUGUUCCCUAGCAACACAGUAGAUGAGGGAUACGUUUAUGGGCUAAAGCAUUUAAUUUCUGUACUUCAAAGUAUUUUAGACAAUUGAAUCCUUUGUUGCAGUUUUUUUUAAGGGGUGGGCCAAUCAUAAUGAAGAGCAGCAGUCAAUAUCUCUGCACCUGUAAUGCUAUGUAAAAAUUUGUAUUGUGAGUCAACAUUUUCUUUGUCUUUCUACUUUUGGAAGAAAGGUUAACUUUUUUAUAAUCUUACUCAGGAAAACUAAGUAUUUGUUUAUUAGAAAACUAUGAAGAAUAAAGAAACUUAGGAACGUUAAGCAGGGAAUGUGGUGGUACAUGGCUUAAACAUCUUUUUGGCUCAAGUAAAAUGCAAACCAUUAUUCAGUCAUGAAGAGUUUAGUUAGCUUUCUGUAGCCAAUUCAUGAAAUCUCUGUUCACCCAACAUUGACAACGAGCCAUAUCUAAACUAUUACAUUGUUAGAACACCUACCAAAAUCUCGAAAGCACAGGUUGAUGUCCUUAGUAUUGCUGUGUAUGAAGUUACUAAAACUGGAGAAUAUUUUACUCAGAAAUAAGUACUGUUUAGGUUUUAUAUUAAAAGUUCAGACCAGCAUAUCAAAGGGUGCUUCUUAGUGAAAUGAUUUAGAAUUGUUGCAUUCCAAAAGCAGGUUUUCUCUUUGAUUUUUUAAGUAUUUGUCUCUCUCUCAAAAUAUUAUACUUCAUGAAAAAGACAAUUGAUGUGGAUGACAACAACAACAAAAGUCUUGAAAUUAAGGAUACACUAAUUGUUCUUACUGGGGUUAGGAGAAGAGAGAUGUUAUUUUCAAGAAACAAAAAUUUUUUUUUUUU